AUGUCUUCACUUUCACCACUGCAAGAAAAAGCUGUUAAUGAACUUUGUUUUGUUGCUGAAACAUUUUCAUCCCCAGUCAAUGAAAUGCAAAAGUUCUCGACCGUGAUUCUACCAGAUCAACCUGACGGAAAUGGUUUCAGUGAUAAUAAGAAAAAGAAAGAAUUUGUCAAAAAUGAUGAACUUGAUAAAGAAAGUGAAUCAAAGAUUGUUACUGCUAGUGAAAUUAAGGAAAAUGAGAUUCGUAUUAACUGUGCUUCUAACGAAUGGAAACUUGGCGGAGCAGGUGAUAUCACGACAUAUUGUAAUGAAAAAUUAAAUAUCACAGGAUCAUGUGCAAUUGAUGUCAAAGGAACUCGUUUCAAAUCUUCUGAUGAAAAUUUAAACAUAACAGAAUCAUGUGCAAUUGAGGACGAAGGAACUUGUGUCAAUUCUUCUAAUGGAAAAUUUAACGUGAUAGAAUCAUGUGAAAUUGAUAGCAAAGCUUGUGUCAAUUCUUCUAAUGAGAAAUCAAACAUCACAGAAUCAUGUGCAAUUUAUGAAAAAACUUGUGUCAAUUCUUCUGAUGAAAAAUUAAACAUCACAGAAUCACGUGCAAUUGAUGACGAAGGAACUCGUGUCAAUUUUUCUAAUGAAAAAUUACACAUUACAGAAACAUGUGAAAUUGAUGAUGAUGAAAGAACUUGUGUCGAUCCUGUUGAUGGUAAAUUGGCGAUUGUAAAUGUAUCAUGUAUCAUUAAUGAGUCAGAGAUCGUCGAAACUACUCAUACUUUAACUAAAGACGUUGAUAAACAAAUUUUCUUAACACCCGAUGACUUUGGCGAUAUCAGUAAAGAAUUGGAGGAAAUAAAUCGCGUUUGCUUACUUGAGGAAGGGAAUGGUGCGAAGCGACUUGAUACCAUCGAUAAAGAGAAAACGGAAACUUUGUUCGAGUUGUCACCAACAAUUUAUCAGGAAAAGCCAAAAAUUUCUAAAUCAAAUAGAGAAGAAGAAAGUCAUAAAUCGAAUAGCAAAUGUGUGGCAAAAAAGAAUCCUGAUUCCAAUAUAAGCAAUAUUAAUGAGUGUCUUGACAAGGCAUCUUGUACCACUUCAUUAAGACAUCAUUUUGCUCGUGAUCAAUUGAACUGUAUUGAAAAUAAGCCCAAAGAUGAAGAAUUUGAUAUGGAGAAUUUGAGCGAAUUACCGGCAGAAUGCUUUUUAACUCAAAGUAAUGUUGCCCGCUCAUCAAAAGAAAGUGAUCCAAUCAAUUUUCCUGGUCUCAUAACAGACAAUCAUUUUCUCCCUAAACAUGGACUGGUUCAGUCGCCAAAGCUUAAAAUCAAUGAAAAGAAAAGGAGGAAAACAAACGAUGAGAAUGACAAAAUUUGUGAUGAUUUUACCGACAUAAACACUUUAACUAACAUGCAGGUAGAUACAUCUAACUACUUCAUGGAAAAUAUUUCUGUGAAUAGCGAGUUAGCUGUUUGUCCCCAAGAAAAAUCAGUUCAUUCGAGUGAUGUAAUUAGUACGAAUUAUACAGUGAAACAAUCAUUUGAAGCAAAUAAUAAGAAAGGCUGUGAUGAUUUACAGUUCAAUAUGGAUGCUUUAAGUGAAUUUCCUGUAGAUUUUGAUUUGUCACAAAUGAUGGCAGCGGUAACUUAUUCAAAUUCAAAUGUUGAAGAUGAAAUUGUGGAUAAUGAAAUGCAAAAUGAUGCUUCAUCGAAGUCAUUUGUUGGAUUUUCUACUGCCAAUGGAACAAAUGUGAAUAUUUCAGAAAAGUCGAUGUUGCAAGACACAAAAUUGUUUGGCGAAGUUUGCAGAUCCGAAACAUAUGCUGUCGAGAAUGGACAAAGAUGUAUUGUAAGAAAUUCACUAAGCCAUAUUAGAAAUAUUGAGAGUAAUUACUCCCAACAGGUUGAUACGUCAAACGAGGCUUCAAAAUUGAAUUUUGGCUUCGCUUCAGGAAAUACUAAGCCAGCUGACAAGACUUCAAAUUUUAUGUUUUCUACUGCUUCAGGAAAGGGAAUUAGCGUGUCUGAAAAGUCGUUGAAGAAAGCUCAAAACAUUUUGAAUAGUGUGGAUCACGAGGAGAUUCAUACAGAGAGCAAAUCAAAUAAUAAAGAACAGGGUAGUUCUCUGUUGCUAACGUCAGCUGACAAAUCUUCCAAAUUUGUGUUUUCUACUGCUUCAGGAAAGGGAAUUAGCGUGUCUGGAAAGUCUUUGAAAAAAACUCAAAGCAUCUUGAACAGUGUGGAUCACGAGGAGAUUCAUACAGAGAGCAAACCAAAUAAUAACGAACAAGGUAGUUCUCUGUUGCUAACGCCAGCUGACAAAUCUUCAAAAUUUGUGUUUUCUACUGCUUCAGGAAAGGGAAUUAGCGUGUCUGAAAAGUCUUUGAAGAAAGCUCAAAACAUCUUGAAUAGUGUGGAUCACGAGGAGAUUCGUAAAAAAAGAAAAUCAAAUAAUAAAGAACAAGGUAGUUCUCUGUUGCUAACGCCAGCUGACAAAUCUUCAAAAUUUGUGUUUUCUACUGCUUCAGGAAAGGGAAUUAGCGUGUCUGAAAAGUCGUUGAAGAAAGCUCAAAACAUUUUGAAUAGUGUGGAUCACGAGGAGAUUCAUACAGAGAGCAAAUCAAAUAAUAAAGAACAGGGUAGUUCUCUGUUGCUAACGUCAGCUGACAAAUCUUCCAAAUUUGUGUUUUCUACUGCUUCAGGAAAGGGAAUUAGCGUGUCUGAAAAGUCUUUGAAAAAAGCUCAAAGCAUCUUGAACAGUGUGGAUCACGAGGAGAUUCAUACAGAGAGCAAAUCAAAUAAUAACGAACAAGGUAGUUCUCUGUUGCUAACGCCAGCUGACAAAUCUUCAAAAUUUGUGUUUUCUACUGCUUCAGGAAAGGGAAUUAGCGUGUCUGAAAAGUCUUUGAAAAAAGCUCAAAGCAUCUUGAAUAGUGUGGAUCACGAGGAGAUUCAUAAAAAAAAAUCAAAUAAUAAAGAACAGGGUAGUUCUUUGUUGCUAACGCCAGCUGACAAAUCUUCAAAAUUUGUGUUUUCUACUGCUUCAGGAAAGGGAAUUAGCGUGUCUGAAAAGUCUUUGAAAAAAGCUCAAAGCAUCUUGAACAGUGUGGAUCACGAGGAGAUUCAUACAGAGAGCAAAUCAAGUCAUAAAGAACAAGGUAGCUCUCUGUUGCUAACGCCAGCUGACAAAUCUUCAAAAUUUGUUUUUGCUGCUGCGUCAGGAAAGGAGGUGACAGUUGAUGAAAAAUCUUUGAAAGAAGGUAAAAAUAAGUUGAAAAUGAAUGACCAAGACGACCGGAAUUUUGAAAAGCAACAUGAAGAAUUAAAUAAAACAAUGAUCAAUGCUAAUGCAAAAAAGUUAUGUGUAAGGUCUUCCACGAGAAAGUGUUCUAGCUCCCAAGUGAGAGAAAUUUCUGCUCCUGUAAAUUCUAGAAAUCAAACCGAAGAAAGUGUGAGCAAAGUUGAUGAUGAGAAAAAAGCGAAGGAAAGCAAGGAUAUAAAGAAAAAGUGGAUUAAAAAUAUUUCGAUUGGUGAAACGCAAAAAGAAAUGUUACCUUCCGAGUGUUCUCCCUCGAAAGGGCUUUUGAAUGAUGUUAGCAAAGUAGGACAAGACUCGGUGAAGAAUGGAACAGGAGUCGCGUCAGUUGACUCCAAUUCAAUUUACUAUGAUAGUAAAAGAAAGGAUUCUAAACAAUUUUUUACUCAUGGUAAGAUUUCCCAAAGACGAUUGUUAAAGAUGACUGCAACAAUUAAAAAUUUACGAAAGGCGUUUAAGAAAGUAAGAAGGACACUCACUAAAGCUGAUAAUAAGAAUGGAUAUUCUGCUAACGAACCACAGUUACGUAUUGUGCAUUUUAGUGAUGAUCUUGUGGAUUUGAAAACUCCAGUCGCUUGCAAAUUGAAUCACAAAAGUGGCUCAAAUUUUGUGACGCCGUACAAUACCAACAAACUAAAAAGUAAACAGGAAACAACCACUUCGAUGUUCAAAACAUCUUCAUCGAUAAAACGUUCUGGAUAUGGAAAAAAGGGAAUGGGAACUAUUAACAAGGAGAAUACAGUGAGACCACAACCUGGUUCCAUAUACAAGCUUAGAAGUAACCAUACUUUGAGGAUUCCUUUUAGACAAUUCGUUUUGCAGGAAAGUAGACUGUCUUCUGAUUUGGAUUAUAAACCUGAAAUCGAUCCUGCUUUACGACAAAUCACGUUCGAUAAUGCAGAGGCAUAUCGCUUCAAGGGAGCGCAUUUUGUCAGUGACAAUAUGCGUGAUAACAACUGUCGUACUACAUGUACUGAUGGUGCAGUUCUUUACCUUGGAGAAGAUAAAUGUUUUGGGUUAACGGAAUUUACUAACGCAUUUUUAUCAUCUCCUGGCGUGGACAGGAAACUUGUCAAUAAUAAAUGGAUAGAGAAUCAUUAUAAGAUGAUUAUAUGGAAAUUAGCUUCCUAUGAACGCAAAUAUCCACUCUCAUUCUUGGGGAGAGCUUUGACGCCGGAUAUGGUACUUCGUCAAUUGAAAUAUCGUUAUGAUAGAGAGAUUGACUGUUGUCAACGAUCAGCUAUUAAGAAGAUCUUAGAAAGAGAUGACAGUUCUUUACGAAGUAUGGUUCUUUGUGUCGCUAGCUUUAUGGAUCCUUUUGAAAAGGAGGAGUAUCCUAUAAAUAUGACCAGCGAAAACAACAUCGAUAAGACACGUAAAGUUAUUCUUAUGACCGAUGGUUGGUAUACUGUUCGUGUUCAAUUAGACGAACAUUUAGUCAGUUUACUGAAGGAGAAGAAAAUUUAUGUUGGACAAAAGUUGUAUAUACAAGGUUCUGAGCUGUGUGGCUCUGUCCAAGCUGUAUCACCUCUAGAGGCACCAGGCAACCUGUUCUUACGUAUUCAUGGCAAUUCCACGCGUCCUGCAAAGUCAUUUGCUAGGUUAGGUUUCCAUUGCACUAACAAAAGGUUCACCAUUCCUAUAAAAUCUGUAUCUCCUUUUGGUGGUGUUAUUGGUUCUCUCAAGGUCAUCAUAGCUAGACAUUAUCCUCUUCAGUUUAUGGAAAAACUACCUGAUGGUCGGUGUUGCUUUCGAAACGCAAGAUGCGAAGAGCGUAUCGCAAAGAAAUUCGAAGACGAGAUUCAACGAAAAAGAGAAAAUCUUGUGAUGAAGGUUCAAAGGGAAAUAUCUUGUGAAGAAACAGAUCUUAUAAAAAAUUCGAAGAGACAAAAAACGACUUUUCUUUCUGUGGAUCAAAUUGAAAACCUUGUCAGUGGUAAAGAUAUGUACGACGCGAUUAAUAAUGCCAGCGAUCCAACAUUUAUUGAGAACCAUCUUUCAGUUGAGCAGAGAAAAAUUCUUGAUCGUUAUAAAUAUGAGAUAUGCGAACGUCAAGCUUAUUGUAUUCGUCGAAAAUACGAGGAAGCCUGGAAUGAACUUAGCGGCCAGGAAACAUUAAAAAGAGACGUCACACCUGUUUUAAAAUUAAAAUUGGUCGACUUGUUUGCAUCUGAAACAAGUCGAACUCCAAAAACUGCAUUGCUAACCGUAUGGAAGCCAAAUGAACAAACCAUUACAACAUUAGGAGAGGGAAAAUGUUUGCAAAUUUAUAAUCUUCAGGUUUCAAGAUUUAAAGACAGCAAUAUGGUGCAGCUAUCGUCCAGUAGAUGGACAAUUUACAAAUCUUUACCAUCGGAUAUUCUCUUUCCUGCUGUCUUUGAAAAAAGAAAGGUUUAUACGUUACCUGAAAUUUCAAGUUGUCUUCGCGGCAAUAUUGAGGUUGAUUUAGUGGCUAUUGUUGUGGCACAACGUUAUUAUGCUAACUUAACCAUGGUGUACAUCGCGGAUGCUGAUUUUAUUUUUGUGGUAUUAAAAAUCUGGGGUGGACUAGAGAGCUAUGGUCUUGAGGGUGUAGUAAAAGAUGGUAAUAUCAUAGCUGCUUGCAAUUUGUUCACUCAGCCAGAGAAACACCAUGGUGUUUCAUCUUUAAAGUAUCAUGAGUUAUCAUUGGUCUCAUCCAAUCCAUCGAACAAAAUUUUACGAAACAGACUUAGUGAACUGCGAAAGACAAUUUCAAAUAUUGAGUCCUUUAUGACAAAAGCUAAAGCCAAGUUUGACAAUUUAGCCACUACUAAAUCGUCUACACCCAGUUCUGAGUGGUGUACUCCAAACAGACCGAAGAAUUUUUGUAUACAUGGUAGUUUAUCAAAUGGAUCAGGCAAAACGCAACGGCUUAAUAGUACUAUGUCUACGAAAAAUAAAGAGGGUUUCUUAACUACUGUUCAAUCUAACCGUACAUUCAGUUCAAACAAAGCGAAUCCACUGUCAUUCACUAAUACACCGAAGCGUAGCGAGAGUGUUCUCCAGUCAAGAAAACGUUUAUUGCUUUCAAAAAGGAGAAAGCUCGAAGUUAUUGCUGGUAAUUCAUCUCCAAAAAUAUCACCAAUUCCUAAUGUGUUAUCGCCAAAUGUUAGAAAAGUUUUUCAAGUUCCAAGACGUGUUACUACUAAACCUAAUAAUGAAAAUGAAGAGGAAUAAGGCUAAAACAAUUUGUGUGGAAGUGAAGAGAAUAUCAUCAAAGUAUAUAGUAUCAACAUCGUUAUAACAUGGAAAGGACUUACGCAAGUCGUUACAAUAUGUUACUGGUUGGCUUACGAUGAUAAUACAUUCACGACCUCGUUCUUUUUAUCGUAAGCAAUCAAAAAUCCGUUUUUGAAAUAGCUGUAUUCCAAUGAAAAUUAGUAAAAUUGUAACAGCUUGAAUCUUCAAAUGAAAAAAACUGUAGCAGUAUUAUUAAUUCGCUCCCUGUUUCAGGCAUAAAAAAGAAAUCAACGUUAUCUAGAAUUACUAUGUAUAUAUAUAAGUGUUUUUUAACAGACGAUGUUGAUAGUUUAGUACAGCUUAGUUAUUUGUUGUCAAAUGCGUUGUUUAAACUCUAAAGGAACUAAACAGUACAUUGUGAUUUUAAAAUUCAAUUUAUUAUUAUUCAUGUCACACUUUAGCACUGUGAUAACUAGCUAUGUAUAGUUAAUACAUUAAAGAUUGUUGUGCCAUGGC